GGGUUGAUCCUGUGGAGUUUAGCAAAUUCCAAGAAGUUUUGAGAGCGGUGUUGUAAAAACGGGAAUCAGACUUAAUCGGUGAAGACAUGAAACAAGAAUUAACCGGAGCAAAGUAGUUUGGCAAGGUACGGAUCACGGACUUUCACAACCAAUGCCUGACAUGCUCAUGGAAGACGAGGAGGAUGUCGGAAUGUUCAGGGAGGAGGACAUCAAGGCUAAGGAGCAGUCAUUUAAAGAAGUCCUCGUUCGAGAGGACCCUGAUUUUACUGGUACUUCCCAAGCUCGACAGGUUAAUACCUCUGCUGCUGCAGUACUGGAAACUUUGGUGGAAUCCAGUCCAACGCAAAAUCCAGGUAACAUACUAGCGCCUCCUACUGUGUUAGUUGCCUCAUCAAACGUCGAAGUCGACUACUCAUUGAAAGAUUCAAAGGGAAAGAAGCAUUGUCAUGAAGAAGCUAGCACUGCAGAGUAUCUUGAAGAAACACAGAGUAAGAAACAAGUUACAAGAUACUCUGAAGAAGCUAGCAAUCUAUCGGAAAUUUUAGACAAGGUGACCCUCUGUCCUCCAGAGGAGGAUAUUGCUUCCCACACCGAGGAGUCGAGGCUGCAAGAAUCAGUAGCUGGAGGAUCAAGCGGCAAAAAGGUCCAAGACCAGAGAAAGCACGUGGUUGGUCUAAAAAGGCUUUUACACCAGUGCGCACUAGCAGCAUCAAGUGGUGAUGAUCUGGCUGCCAAAGAAAUUCUUAAUAGUAUUCGCCUACAAUCUUCACCACACGGAGAUGCUUCCCAGAGGUUAGGACAUUACAUGGCCAAUGCUAUCGAGGCAAGAUUAUACGGAACAGGGUCAACACUUUAUGCAAACUCCUGUAGGAUGAUGGAAAGCUCACUUGCUGAUACAUUAAAAGCUUACGAGGCGUAUUUUACAGCGGUUCCUUUCCAAAGGAUGUCUAAUAUAUUUGCUAAUAAGGCAAUAUAUAGACAACUUACAGGAGCAAAUAAGGUUCACAUUGUUGAUUUUGGCAUCUCAUAUGGGUUCCAGUGGCCAUGUAUUAUCCAGGGCUUUUCCGCAGUUCCUGGUGGCUCACCAAAUCUUCGAAUUACAGGAAUUGAUUUUCCUGAACAGAGUCCCCUGCCAUCAAACACGGUGCAAAAGACAGGGUCGAAUCUAAUGAAUUAUUGCAGGAAAUUCAACGUCCCGUUUCAGUACAAUUGCAUGGCAAGGAAAUGGGAUUCAAUUCAAUUCGAAGAUUUAAAAGUUAAAGAAGGUGAAAGACUUGUUGUCAACUGUAUGUACAGUUUACGACAAGUAUCAGACGAGAUAGGAGAAGACAGUGGUCCAAGAGACACGGUGCUUAACUUGAUUAAGAAAAUCAAUCCUGAAAUGCUCGUCCUUGGAUUUCUUAAUGGCAACUACAACUCCGCCUUCUUCACAACUCGAUUCCGGGAAGCCUUGUCUCAUUUCUCAACUCUUUCAGACAUGUUUGAGACUACUCUGGCACACGAAGAGAAAAGCAGGCUGGUACUUGAGCAAGCAAUGCUGGCAAAAGCUGCCAUGAACGUAAUUGCUUGCGAAGGAGCAGCCCGGGUUGAAAGGCCAGAGAGAUACAAGAGAUGGAUACCCCGGAUCAUGAAAGCUGGUUUUGUGCAGAUACCUUUGCCAAAGGAGAUCUUGGAAGAAAUCGAAGCAAAGGUGAGGCUGCAAUACCACCAGAAGUUUUUUGUCCGCGAGGAAAACAACUGGAUGGUUCAAGGAUGGAAUGGACGAGUGCUCUAUGGUCUGUCCUUGUGGAAGCCGGUGAACCAGUGAAUAAUACAUUUUACAGUACACUGUACAGAGAUAAUUUUAGCAGAUACAUGAAUUGUACCUUAAAAUUUUUGAAGAUUCCUGCAAUAACAUUACCAGUCGAACUUAGUGUUUAAACUCUCCGUGAUCAAAGCCAUUCAUCAUAGAAUGAAUACAGAUAUUCUAAAUUUUAUUCCUAUUUCAUUCGGAAAGAACUAAAAUGCGUAUUUUUUAGACACCCCAGCCAGUACCAGUCUGAGGUCCAAUUUUGACACGUAAAUAUUAUACUCAAAAUUCAAUAUGGACCUGAUUGUAUAGGUUGGGC